UUUUGUUUUUUUUUAAAUGGUUUUAACCCGUCGCGCGAGUCGUUUAGGACAACAAACCAACGCUAUGGCGACGACAAGUAAUGUAACUUGUAGUACCGAUACCCCUAGCACCUCAUCUGUCGUGACAUUUACGAAUCCAACUACAACCGCAGUCAGUACAGCAAAUCCUGUCGCCAGCACCCAAGCAUUUCAUGACCUUUCGAUCAGCUCCGAGGGUGCUAACCAGACGGUAGUGUCUCCAACCUUUCUGAGUGAGACCGCGCAAAAUAUAAGGAGAGAAGUUCGAGAGAGCAUGGCAGGCCAAGGAACUGAUAGUCCAAUACAAGUCAGUGAUGUUCAGAACAUUGUGAGUGCCUCGGUUGGUUUACACCAAAUACAAUUUAUGAAAGAGGUUGAUAACAAAAUACAGAAAGCGUUGGACGAUAUGAAGCAGCUUAUAUUGUCGUUGCCAAUGGCUAACCCCGCUCCAAUGCCAACAAUGUUGUCCCCUAUUGAUCAUGGAGUACCCCAAACCGAGCCACCAAGAACCUUUUUGGAGGCACAGCCGUCGGUUUAUGGUCAAUUAGCAACGCCACCUGGCCAGCCAACCUUUCAACAACCACCACCUUUGAUUCCAGCUCCAAAUUAUGUGCCUAUCGGUCCAGCAGCUCCCAGAGUAGUAGAAGCUAGUAUCCAGCCGCCUCCGGUGCAAACACAAUAUGAGCAGCAACAGUCGCUACUUCAGCAGCAAAAUCCCCUGCCGCUUAUCCAGCAGCCGGCGGCGUGGUAUAGUCAAGUGCAGCAACUUUUGCCGCAGGCAAACCCACAGACAUAUAGUCAGCAGCCAGCGCAACGACUUAACCAGUCACAACCAGUAUUGCAAUCACAAAACCAGUUACCAUAUGUUCAACCGCAGCAGUUCAAUCAGCAGCAGCAAUUAUGGCCGCAGCCGCAGCCAGGUCCACAGGCUAAUUUGCGAUGUCAGAGUGAUUCUCAAACUAGGUAUCCACAGGAUACUUGGUCCAGGCCCGCCGCUCUACAACGGCCACAGCAACCGCCUCUAAACUACAACUUGGCAAUGUCCAUGCCAAGACCUCAAGAGUCCUUGGACAAGUUUAAAUUAGCUAAAUGGGGCGUAAAGUUCGACGGUACGAAUAAGACGAUGAAUGUUCAAGAAUUCAUAUUUAGAGUUGGAGCUCUGAGAAGAGAUUAUAGUUGUUCCGAUGAUGAGAUUCUGCGCACUUUCCAUCUCCUUUUAGAAGGUCCCGCAUUAGACUGGUAUUGGGACUACCGGAAAAUGGUCCAUAUUAAUACCUGGGAGGAGCUGGAAAAAGCCCUGUUGGCCCAAUACCGCCGGUUCGAGCAAGAGCAUGAGGUUCAAAUGAAAAUCCUGAACCGACGGCAGCUGCCGCAGGAAGCUUUCGACGAUUUUUAUAACGCGGUCAUCAAGCUCCGAAACCAGCAACAGCACCCAUAUGCGGAGGAGCAGUUGGUGGAGAUCAUGCGUGGUAAUUUAAAACCAUCAUUGGCUCAAAUGAUGUUUUCAAUUCGUCUUAAAACGUUGUCCGAGUUUGGUCGUGAAGUAAGGCGAGCAGAAAAUUUGAUAGCCAACCAAAGGCAACUAUACCAGCGAGCUAAUGUCACGCAUCGUGUAAAUGAACUGGUUUGUGAGGACGAGGAUUUGUCUCUGAUAGAUUUGGAGAUUGAUGGUAUUCGGUCUACAAGUCACUAUACCUGCUGGAAUUGCAAGGUCGUCGGUCAUAGUUUUGUCGACUGUCCCGAGCCCAUUAAUAGACAGUUUUGUUUCCGGUGUGGAAAGGAUAACGUGGUGGCUCCUAAAUGUCCCAAAUGUCAGGGAAACAGGUUCCGGAACCCGUCUCAAACUGGGGAGACGAGGUCGACCGAGGUUUAGGCCCAGUACAAAUUAAGGAAAAACAACAACAACAGCAACCACAAUUAAGAAUAUUAAAGAAUCCGAAUAGGUCGGAGUUUGAGUUCAAAUCUGAGCCUCGGCUUCGAGAACUCAAGCCCCUGCAUAUUCGGAUUCAAGAGUACAAUGAAGCAAAAAGUAGAAUAUUCGGUCGAGUGACAAGUAAAAUUAGAAAAGCCCGUGAGCGCUAUAGGGCAAGAAAAAGAAUACGCCAUGAAAUCUCGUCGGCUUCACUUUACGAGGGUGAAGACUCACGUUUGUAUACGCGGUUAAGUAUAGGAGGCCAGGAGAUAAUCGGUCUACUCGAUAGCGGGGCAACGGUCACGUGUCUCGGAAAGAACUGCGUGCAAUUCGUGGCAAAAGCCGGUCUGAAAGUACAUGAUUUCAGUACCAUUAUUAAAACCGCGGAUGGCACGAGUCAUCCAAUUGUAGGUCGAGUUAGGGCUGAAGUUAGGUUUCGUGAGGCGGUAAAUGUUAUCACAUUCUAUUUAGUGCCUACUCUGAAUCGAGAGCUCUUCUUGGGGGUCGAUUUUAUGAAGGUUUUUAAAAUGUUUGCCAGUCUAGAGAGUCUUACGACCAAUGGAGUUAGUCUCUGCGAAGAGGCUGAUAGUACCCUAGAUGUCGUGACUCAUAAGCUGACCCUGGAUCAGCGACAAAGAUUAGAUUUCGUCAGAUCAAUGUUCCCCUGCUACAGUAAAAAGGGCUUAGGAAAAACAAAUUUGGAAAUGCAUACGAUAGAUACUCGAGAUGCAAUUCCAGUUAAAGAUCGUCACUAUCCUGUCUCCCCGGCAGUGCAAAAGUUGAUGUACGCGGAGCUCGAUAGGAUGCUUGACCUCGGUGUGAUUGAGCUUAGUGAAAGUCCAUGGAGUCAUCCGGUUACUCUGGUCCGCAGGGGCGAGAAAAACCGGCUGUGCCUGGACGCACGUAAGCUCAAUGCACUGACAGUCAAGGAUGCCUAUCCAUUGCCGCACAUCGAAGGUUUGCUCAGUCGUUUGGGAGACACGAUAUACAUCUCUAGUGUCGACCUAAAAGACGCGUUCUGGCAGAUACCACUAGAAUCGUCCAGUAAAGAGAAAACCGCAUUCACGGUGCCAGGACGACCACUCUACCAUUUUACGGUUAUGCCUUUUGGGUUGUGCAAUGCGGCCCAAAGGUUAUGUCGUUUAAUGGAUAAAGUG